UUGAGAUUCACUGUAAAGUGUGAAACCAACAGCAAUGGUACUUGCUUACAGGCUCCAAACACAAAACCAUCGCCAACCUCUGCUGAUGGGGCAUCACCAACAACUCUUACAAAGGAUGACAUUCCUGCUGUUGAUGCUGAUGUGAAAGAGGUGGUGGAACAAUCAACCACCACUGCUGCUACUGCAGCUGCUCCUACCGGACAAACCAAUGGUGAAGCAAAAGAAGAAUCUCCGGAAACACCGCGAAAAGAUCCACGCGAAGAUCCGAUCGGCUGGAUUAAUUCACUAAUUCCCGGUGCUGCUCAUAAGGCAAAUUACAAGCUACUUGACUGGGCUCAGCAAUUAGCGGUGGAAGAUGGCGAUAAACGGCAAACACUGCCUGGCAAAAAUGAUGCUGUUACGAAGAGUCAGUUUCUAUCGUUCUUGCGUGAUGGAACACUGCUGGCCAAGUUGGCCAAUCGCCUGCAACCAGGCUCCGUCGAAACAGUGCACGAGGGCGAAGCUGCGAAAGAAAAGGCGAACCAAACAUCCAAUAUCAAUGCAUUCAUCAAUUUCGCAAAAGAAAAAGCCGGAUUAAGCGAGGAACAGGUCAGAAGUUCGUCUAUCGACCCCACUGAAACUAAAGUAAACUAA